UGGCGCUUUCGGUGCCCUGGUAAGACUGCAGAAGAAAGAAUUGCGGAAAGGGACUGCUUUCGUGGUCACGCAUGUCCACACGACAAAAUAAACCAUGUCCCUGUCUAAAAGUAAAGAUGACUCGAACCGAGAAGUUUUGGACAGCAACUCGGACACAAACGAGGAGGAUAAAAAUGAGCUAUGUCCCGGUUUUAAAGACGUUGACGCCUUCGUUAAACAUGGAUUUGGUGUGGUGUUAUCAGCCACCAAAGCAUCUGCAGGUUUACCUCAGCCUGGAGAUGAAUUUGAUUUCUAUCGAAGCUUCCCAGGCUUCCAGGAGUUUUGUGAAAGUCAAGGAGAUCAGAUUUUGCAGUGCAUGAGUCAGAUUAUGCAGCACCAUGGCUGCAGAUCUCACGUCAAAGACCGGAACAAGCUGACAGCUGUGGAGGAGAGGUUUGACUUGGUCGUAGACUCCAACGAUGUCAUCCUUGAAAGAGCGGGGAUUCUUCUUGAUGAAGCUGACGGGGUGAACCGGAAUCAGAAGCCAGUUAUGCCUGCUGGGUUCCAGCCUCCCAAAAUUGUUGUUUCCAGCUGGAACCGCAAGGGUUCCGGCUCCAGCAGUCAAUCCGAGACGUUCCGACUUCUCCAUGCCAAGAAUAUAGCUCGGCCUCAACUGAAAUUCAAGGAAAAGAUAGAUAACAGCAACACACCUUUUGUGCCCAAGAUCUUCAUCAAGCCCAAUGCAGUAAAGCCUCUUCCAUCCUAUUUUACCAACAAGCAAAUACGCAAUGAAAGACCAGAGGAUCUUGAUGUUCCUGCCGCCCUGGCCGACUUAAUUCACCAGCAGAGAACUCAGGAACAUGUUGAAGACAUGUUUUCACACCCAUACCAGUAUGAACUGGACCAUCUCACUGUUCCAGACAGCCUUCUGUCCAAACCAGAGCCUCAAAUGUACAAACCUAUAGCUGAGACAAAGUUAUCCUUUAUCGACUCUCUGGAGGAUCUCGUGGAGCUGAAUGAGAAGCUGUGUAAACUGUCUGAAUUUGCAGUGGAUCUUGAGCAUCAUUCCUACAGGAGUUUUCUGGGCCUCACCUGUCUGAUGCAGAUCUCCACCAGAGAUGAGGACUUCAUAAUUGACACGCUGGAGCUCCGCAGUGAGAUGUACAUCCUGAAUGAAGCAUUCACUGACCCGACUAUUGUGAAGGUGUUUCAUGGAGCUGAUUCUGACAUCGAGUGGCUCCAGAGAGAUUUUGGCUUGUAUGUGGUCAACCUGUUUGACACGCAUCAGGGAAGCCGAGCUCUCCACCUGGCCAGGAAUUCACUUGACCACUUACUCAGACACUUUUGCAAUGUGGACUCGGACAAAAGAUACCAACUGGCCGACUGGAGGAUUCGCCCCCUACCAGAUGAGAUGGUGCAGUACGCCCGAACAGACACCCACUAUCUCCUUUAUAUCUAUGACUGUGUGAGGGCACAGCUGUUGGACUCUAACCACGGGCAGCCGGGCCUCCUGCAGUCUGUCUGGAACAAAAGCAAAGACAUUUCACUGACGAAAUACAUGAAGCCCGUGUUCACGGAGGAUUCAUAUUUGGAGGUUCUGAGGAAGCAGAAAAGGUCUUUUAACACCCAGCAGCUCACUGCCUUUAGACUGCUCUUUGCCUGGAGGGACAAGCUGGCCAGGCAGGAGGAUGAAAGCACCGGAUACACGCUUCCCAUUCACAUGAUGAUUAAAAUAUCAGAGGAACUGCCCAAGGAACCUCAGGGCAUCAUUGCCUGCUGUAACCCCGUACCCCCGCUGGUGAGGCAGCAAGUCAAUGAGCUACACCUGCUAGUGCAACAAGCCCGAGAAAUGCCCCUCCUGAAGGCUGAGAUUGCUGCUCAAAAAAAGAAAGGCCUGACACCUGUGAAAAAGCCGGAGGUCACAUUGUUUGGCCCGCAUGAUACAUCCAGGGCAUCUGAGAGUGAACUGCCAUACUUUUCACCUAACGAAGCACUGGUUAAACAGGGCAGACUCUUCUCUGAAAAUGAGAGCAAAAUGGAUGUGGAUGAGCAGAAAAUGAGUGGCCUCUUAGCGCCAGCUAAAAUAACCCUCUUCCAGGAGCCCGAGGUACACACUGAGCAAAACUCCCUCUCUGUAGCUCAGAUGAAGGCCAGACGAAUCAUUGAGUCUUUUGAAAAUCCUUUUAGAAUGUAUUUACCUUCCACCGAUGUGCAUGUCAACAAGAAUGCCAAGUUUGACCCAUCCUCCAAAAUAUUUGAGAUCAGCAAAAGGUGGAAACUGCAGAGCAUUGAACAGCAGCAAAAAGAGUUAGAGGCUAAGCAAAAAGCCAAAGAGGAAGCAAAGCAACAGGCAAAGAAAGCCUCAGAGAAAAGAACGAAGACUAAACAAAGCUACCAGGAGUCUCUUCAGAAUGUUGCCACUGUGCGUCAGCAGGCAGCAGAAUCUGCAAAAAGUGCGGCGAAGAAAAGAGAAACGCCUGCAAGUGAGGUUGGAGAGGUGACUCCCAAACCAGCAAAGAAACUGAAAGCAGCCAAAAAGACCCAGAAGACUGAAACACCUUCACAGACCAGCUUUAAGCCCUUUGACUACAGUCAGUCUGACCUCAAAGUCUUUGCUGGUACUAAAUCAAAGGACAACUCGCAGUUUGAUCCAAAUCGACAAGGCCAGGAUUUUAAGAAAAAGAAGGUUCCUCAAGGACAAAAGAAGCACACCUCAGCAGGAAACAGAAGCAUGUCAUACAUGGCUGGCAAGUCAGAAAGAGGGUUCCGACAUAACUGGCCUAAAAGAUAGGCUAUCUUCAAAGUGUUGUUUUUUUUUUAUUUUAUUUACAUCAACGUGCAGUGGUAGGAUGUUAACUUUUUCAGGAGAAUCCAGUAUUUUAGAAUUGAAGUCAUUUAAAAGCGUAUUUUUUCGUCCUGAAACAAGUUUCCUCUGUAAAUAUGUACCAACAAACCACUCUUUAAUAAAGUCCAUUUUUGAGGAGAAA